AUGUCUGCAGAGUCCCAGAAAAAUAACCGCCCCCCGCCCCCGCCCCGCCGGCCGAGCCCCCACCUCGCCAGCACCACCCGCCGACAUGGCGAGCGAGCCGGCGAAGUCCUCCAACCCCGGGGCCCCAGAGCACCUUCAGCCACAUCCCAUAGUCUCCUAUCCUCCCAGCAGUACGGCGGCCAGUAUCCCCCGCCCGUCCCCUACCCCCCUUAUUAUACCUACGCCGCCGUCCCCGACGGCAGCCACGACCCCAACGCUGCGAACGGCGCCCCGCCGCCCCCUCCGUACUUCAUGGCGCUCCCGCCCCCGCCUCCGGGUAUGGUCUAUGCCUAUCCUGCCCCUCCGCCUGGACAAGGCUUUCCUCCAUAUCCGCCUCAGAUGCAGCCCACACCGGUCCCGGUGCGGCAGAAGCGUAAACAAGUAAAGAUGGCGUGCACGAACUGCGCGACCGCCUGCAAACGCUGCGACGAGGCGCGUCCCUGCGAGCGUUGCGUCAAGUAUGGCAUUGCGGACAGCUGCAUCGACGGCGUCCGCAAGGAGCGCAAGAAGGGCGUCAAGCGUGGCCCGUACAAGCGCAAGGAGAAGUCGGGUGAAUCGCCCUCGAACGGUGAAACGUCCGCCCCGCCGCCCUCGCCAUACUCUGUGCCUGUGCCCCCUGAGAGCUACUAUCCUUACGUCUACCCGCCGCAUCCCUACGCCCCGCCUCCGCACGAUGGGCAGCCGCAUCCCGAAGGCGGCCAUGUACCUCAUCCGCCAUACUAUCCUGGCUAUCCCGUCUACUCACCGUAUGGAGCAUAUCCCGGCGCCCCGCCUAUGCCGUACCCACCUCCUACGAUGCCACCGCCUGCUGUAUCUGCCACCUCGAAGCCUCCGGAGACUCCCACUGUCGCGCCUGCUGAGAUGAACGGCGACGCCGCGAACAAGACCAAGAAGCGGUCGCGCGUGAAGAGCAGUGAAGAUGGCGGGGCAAGAGGAAAGAAGGCGAAGCAUUCCGGGGACCCGCAGGCGGACGGCGAAGGCCCACGGGGUAUUGUCCAGGGCGAUGCGGCUCCUCUCUACGCGAGCGACGCAUCGAGAACCAUGGUGGCCGUCUAA